AUGGCAGAGGCAUUUGGCCUUGCGGUCAAUAUUGCCACGGUCGUCGAACUAUCCGCGAAGAUUGCGUCGAUAUGCCUUCAGUACUCCAAAGACGUCAAGAACGCGAGGGAAGAGAUCGCGCGGGUCAAGGAGGAAACUCUCAGCCUCAAAGCCGUCGCCGAGAGCGCCUCGGAACUCCUUGAAGGUCCUCACGGCGCCGCACUAAAAGCUUCCCAGAAGUUAACCGGUGCGGUCGAGGGAGCUGCCUUGCGGCUUAAGGCUCUCGAUGCCGAACUGCAUCCUUCUAGCACCCGGAAGGCAAUGCGUCGGUUCGGCGUCCGAGCCUUGAAGUGGCCUUUCCAGAGCAAUGAUGUCGAAAAGCUGGUGCGAGACAUAAUGCGAUACACACAGAUGAUAUCAAUGGGGCUACAAAUUGACAACACGUACGUUAAUCAAAUCAUGUUCUAUGCCAUCGUCGUCAUGUGCUUAUCAAUUUAUGACGCAGAGCAAUACUACUCAGUCUUGAACAGAAAUUCGUAUUGGAUAAACUCCCAACCGUCCCCGAGGCCUCAUUCGACUCCCACGCUGAGGAGCAUAACCCGACCUGUCUACCAAGUACAAGGGUGGAACUCCUGA